AAAAUAUACUAUAAAUUUCGUUUGUUUCGAGUCGCUUUUCGGGCAAGAAAAUUGAGGUCAAAAAUGCCUAAACGAAACUUUCCUUUCGAUGGAACCUCUCCGCUGCAGCUCAAGACUCACAUCAAUGCAUUUUACUUUGAGAAAUUAAAUGAUAUGGAUAAAAUCUACGGUGAGUUUGGUGCAUGACAGUGUCGUCUGCGGAAUGUCAUUGAGUCAGUAGAGGUUAUUUAUUAGUGUUUUUUAUUUUUUACGUUUGCAAUAUAAGCCUCUCUUGCUAAAACGUUAUUGUGAACGUUGUAAGACCGUUUCUCAAGCGGAAUUUUUGCCUCUCAGUGAUAUUUUUGUGCCUGGUAUUUCAUAGUACAGAGUGCUUGUGUAAUGAUCUACUUAUGCUUGCAUCAGAUUGAAGCGUUCUUUACUCGAUCUGUUAAUCCUAACAGAAAGGACUCGCGAAUUGAUGCAAAAAGGAUCAAAACGCAUGCAGCAAGAAGAGGCGGAGAAGAAGAGGAACACCAACGUUCAGACAGACCAAGCUGUCAAGUGCCUUAGCUGUCUUCAGUCCAAGCGUUUUGGUAUAAGUUGCGUGUUCUGUGAAAGGCAGUUGUGUGUCGAUUGCAGUCAUCAGUGCUCGACGUGUGCAGAAAGUUUCUGCAAUUUGUGUUCCAUUGCCAAGUAAGUGGAUUAAACAGUUGUUUCUCAUUUGAAGGUAAAGCAAUGUACAUGAAGCACAAGAUAUCUUCAGCGCACGUGCUUUGCAGUAGUUAGCCAGUCAUUCAAACAAUGAAUCAAUCAGUCAAGGACUAGCCCGUCACGCAAUCAAACAAAAGUCACGCUAUCAAAUAAGACAACUGACAAGUCAUGACAAGUUGUACUAUUAAUUGGUAGGGGAAAGCAAAAACACUUGUAUACAGUGUAUGAAUAACCACUAAAAUCGUGCAGAAAUACGGGGACUCUCCCCAAAUAUCCACUGUUGACAAGAAACACUCAUAAACAACUUAGCCAUUGUCAGUAAUUACACGUAAUUUUUGCCAAAAUGAUGGACUGCAAAACACUUAAACAUUACUGUUUGGGAGGCAUUGAGCUUUAGGGUGACAAACCUGCCACAACUGCACAAACCUCACUCUCUCCACAGGCUUGUGAGGGAAUUCAGUCAUUUUGAUGCAAAGUCGUUUCCAUAAAAGUUGUUUCAAUAUGAACUUAAGCAGGGAAAGUGCACAACAAUUUUGAUCACUUCAAGUACAGUUUGCACGUCAACAACAAAAAAUAAUAUUUGAUGUGAAUAACUAUUUUUCUGUUAUUUAGGCCGAGUACAUGAAACUAUUUACGCCUUGACUGAAUCAACUUGUACUGAAGGCCUUGUAUCGAAAACAACCAGUAAACCUAGUGAGAUGACAGAGAAAAGUUAUUUGAGCAUCUCUUUUUCUUCUUGCUUUCUGUUUUUUUUUUAACCCUCACCUUUUCUUUGGUGAGUGUUCACAUUCUCAACCACUGCAAAAAUAUGGCUGUUUUGCUCUCUAUUGAUGAUCUGAUGGUUACUGAGAGUGUUUUAUUUCAUUAUCCUUUUAAGCUAUGAUGAACGAUGUGAAAAGUAUUUUUGCCUGGGUUGCGCGGAGCAUAAAUGCUGAAGACCAACAUCUUAGUCAUCAAGUGAUGCAGAUUUCCUUAGAAAUUAUUGUAUUCUUUACCCAAACACAUCAUAAUUAUUUGAGUAAAAAGUAUUGUGAAAUAAAGUAUGGUUAAUGAUAGUGUAAACUAGUUAAAUUUAGCAUUAAAAGUUGUUAGAAAGAUCUUACAAUUAACAGGGACGCCCUCGUGAAAGUUAUUAUGACCAAAAUAUUACGAGUGUUUAGUGGACUCAGAGAAAGAAUUCCGCCAUUUAAAAAUAAACCUCAAUGGGCAAGAGUCAUGGAGGAUAACAAAAUGUGGUUCUAAUAGUGUUUUUUUUUAUUUUUGACCACCGCUUUCUUUGACUCUUGUUGCCAUAAUGGUAGUGUGGUCAAGUUGCUGAAAGUUUGCAAAGGGUUAUCAUACACUAUACUGUUUACUUGUUUCACAUAUACACAUACUGACAUAAAGAGAAACUUAUUUAUUUUUGGUACUGUUAUUGAAUAAUCAUAUCUGAGGAAAAUAUUUAUAGCUUAACUCAUAAAACAUAGAAAUAAUGGAAUGUAGUAGUAUUGUUUGCUUCUGCUUAGUUUAAGUGAAGUUUGUUGAUAAUUAUGUAGAUAAUUUUUCUUCUUUGUACUUGUCAAGUAUUGCAGUAAAAUUAAAUUAUGUUUUGCUUGGUGUCAAAGAAAUAAAGAGUGUCACUCCAUAUAUAUCUUCUUUUUU